GCAGUAACCAUGUGGAUGUGCUGCUGAAGCGUUUCCUCAAGCUCGCUGGGGUGGGAGGAGAGGAGGAGGAGGAGGAGGUGGUGGUGGUGGAGGAGUAGGCAGGGGGUGGAGAGAGAGAAAGCGCACGCCGAGAGGAGGUGUGGGUGUUCCGCUUCCAUCCUAACGGAACGAGCUCCCUCUUCGCGGACAUGGGAUUAUCCAGCGGCUGCUAACCCCUCUCCUCGCCCUGCUCCCCCAAACCGGCGUGGCUCCCCGGGCACCAAGGAGCUGACUACAGAGGAGCAGGAUUUGCACCCCUCGCUGGGCUUGUUUUGGCAACAGAGUGCCUGACCCGGGUCAGGAUUUUCAAGAAAGACAUGUCUGACAAAAUGUCUAGCUUCCUGCAUAUUGGAGACAUUUGUUCUCUGUACGCGGAGGGAUCGACAAAUGGAUUUAUUAGCACCUUGGGCCUGGUUGAUGAUCGUUGUGUUGUACAGCCAGAAACCGGGGACCUUAACAAUCCACCUAAGAAAUUCAGAGACUGCCUCUUUAAGCUAUGUCCCAUGAACCGCUACUCUGCCCAGAAGCAGUUCUGGAAAGCUGCUAAGCCUGGGGCCAACAGCACAACAGAUGCAGUGCUGCUCAACAAACUACACCACGCUGCAGACUUGGAAAAGAAGCAGAAUGAGACAGAAAACAGGAAAUUGCUGGGGACCGUAAUCCAGUAUGGCAAUGUGAUCCAGCUCCUGCAUUUGAAAAGUAAUAAAUACCUAACAGUGAAUAAGAGGCUUCCCGCUCUGUUGGAGAAGAACGCCAUGAGAGUCACAUUGGAUGAGGCUGGAAAUGAAGGGUCCUGGUUUUACAUUCAGCCAUUCUACAAGCUGCGAUCCAUUGGAGACAGCGUGGUCAUAGGUGACAAGGUUGUUCUGAACCCCGUCAAUGCUGGUCAGCCCCUACAUGCUAGCAGCCAUCAACUGGUAGAUAACCCAGGCUGCAAUGAGGUCAACUCCGUCAACUGCAAUACAAGCUGGAAAAUAGUCCUUUUCAUGAAAUGGAGUGAUAACAAAGAUGACAUAUUAAAGGGGGGUGACGUGGUGAGGCUGUUCCAUGCUGAGCAGGAGAAGUUUCUCACCUGUGACGAACACAGGAAGAAGCAGCAUGUCUUUCUGAGAACCACGGGCCGGCAGUCGGCCACAUCUGCCACUAGUUCAAAAGCCCUGUGGGAGGUGGAGGUGGUCCAGCAUGACCCGUGUCGGGGCGGAGCAGGGUAUUGGAACAGCCUUUUCCGCUUCAAGCACCUGGCCACGGGGCAUUACUUGGCAGCAGAGGUAGACCCUGAUCAGGAUGCCUCUCGAAGUAGGUUGCGGAAUGCCCAAGAAAAGAUGGUGUACUCCCUGGUCUCUGUGCCCGAAGGCAAUGACAUCUCCUCCAUUUUUGAGUUAGACCCCACCACUCUCCGUGGAGGCGACAGCCUUGUCCCAAGGAACUCUUAUGUUCGGCUCAGACACCUAUGUACUAAUACCUGGGUUCACAGCACAAAUAUUCCUAUUGACAAGGAAGAAGAAAAGCCCGUGAUGCUAAAAAUUGGCACCUCUCCUGUGAAGGAGGAUAAGGAAGCAUUUGCCAUAGUUCCCGUUUCUCCUGCUGAAGUUCGGGACCUGGACUUUGCCAAUGAUGCCAGCAAGGUGCUGGGCUCCAUUGCUGGGAAGCUGGAGAAGGGCACCAUCACCCAGAAUGAAAGGAGGUCUGUAACCAAGCUGCUGGAAGACUUGGUUUACUUUGUCACUGGUGGAACUAAUUCUGGUCAAGAUGUUCUUGAAGUUGUCUUCUCCAAGCCCAACAGAGAACGGCAGAAACUGAUGAGAGAACAGAAUAUUCUCAAGCAGAUCUUCAAGUUGUUACAAGCCCCAUUCACAGACUGCGGUGAUGGCCCAAUGCUUCGGCUGGAAGAGCUUGGGGACCAGCGGCACGCUCCUUUCAGACACAUCUGCCGGCUCUGCUACAGAGUGCUGAGACACUCGCAGCAAGACUACAGGAAGAACCAGGAGUAUAUAGCCAAGCAGUUUGGCUUCAUGCAGAAGCAGAUUGGCUAUGAUGUGUUGGCUGAAGACACUAUCACUGCCCUGCUCCACAAUAAUCGGAAACUCCUGGAAAAACACAUUACCGCGGCAGAGAUUGACACAUUUGUCAGCCUGGUGCGAAAGAACAGGGAGCCCAGAUUCUUAGAUUACCUCUCCGACCUCUGUGUCUCCAUGAACAAAUCGAUUCCAGUGACCCAGGAGCUAAUAUGUAAAGCUGUACUGAAUCCCACCAAUGCUGACAUCCUGAUUGAGACCAAGUUGGUUCUUUCUCGUUUUGAGUUUGAAGGCGUUUCUUCCACUGGAGAGAAUGCUCUGGAGGCAGGAGAAGACGAGGAAGAGGUGUGGCUGUUUUGGAGGGACAGCAACAAAGAGAUUCGUAGCAAGAGUGUGAGGGAGUUGGCGCAGGACGCUAAAGAAGGGCAGAAGGAGGACCGAGACGUUCUCAGCUACUACAGAUAUCAGCUGAACCUCUUUGCCAGGAUGUGUCUGGACCGCCAAUACCUGGCCAUCAAUGAAAUCUCAGGCCAGCUGGAUGUCGAUCUCAUUCUCCGCUGCAUGUCUGACGAGAACCUGCCCUAUGACCUCAGGGCGUCCUUCUGCCGCCUCAUGCUUCACAUGCAUGUGGACCGAGAUCCCCAGGAACAAGUCACCCCCGUGAAAUAUGCCCGCCUCUGGUCGGAGAUUCCCUCGGAGAUUGCCAUUGACGACUAUGAUAGUAGUGGAGCUUCCAAAGAUGAAAUUAAGGAGAGAUUUGCUCAGACCAUGGAGUUUGUGGAGGAGUAUUUAAGAGAUGUGGUUUGUCAGAGGUUCCCUUUCUCUGAUAAGGAGAAAAAUAAGCUUACGUUUGAGGUUGUAAAUUUAGCUAGGAAUCUCAUAUACUUUGGUUUCUACAACUUCUCUGACCUUCUACGAUUAACUAAGAUCCUUCUGGCCAUAUUGGACUGUGUGCAUGUGACGACAAUCUUCCCCAUUAGCAAGAUGGCGAAAGGAGAAGAGAAUAAAGGUAACAAUGAUGUGGAGAAGCUGAAGAGCAGUAACGUGAUGAGGUCUAUUCAUGGCGUGGGAGAGCUGAUGACCCAGGUGGUGCUCCGGGGCGGAGGCUUUUUGCCUAUGACUCCCAUGGCUGCUGCCCCUGAAGGCAAUGUGAAGCAGGCAGAGCCUGAGAAGGAGGACAUCAUGGUCAUGGACACCAAGCUGAAGAUCAUUGAGAUACUCCAGUUUAUUUUGAAUGUGAGGUUGGAUUAUAGGAUCUCCUGCCUCCUGUGUAUAUUUAAGCGAGAGUUUGAUGAAAGCAAUUCCCAGACUUCAGAAACAUCCUCCGGAAACAGCAGCCAAGAAGGGCCAAGUAAUGUACCAGGUGCUCUUGACUUUGAACACAUUGAAGAACAAGCAGAAGGCAUCUUUGGAGGAAGGAAAGAGAACACCCCACUGGACUUGGACGAUCACGGCGGCAGAACCUUUCUCCGUGUCUUGCUCCACCUGACGAUGCAUGACUAUCCACCCCUGGUGUCAGGGGCCCUGCAGCUCCUCUUCCGACACUUCAGCCAGAGGCAGGAGGUGCUUCAGGCCUUCAAACAGGUUCAACUGCUGGUUACCAGCCAAGAUGUGGACAACUACAAACAGAUCAAACAAGACUUGGAUCAACUGAGGUCCAUCGUGGAAAAGUCAGAGCUUUGGGUGUACAAAGGGCAGGGCCCCGAUGAAACCAUGGAUAGUGCAUCUGGCGAAAAUGGACAUAAGAAAACGGAGGAGGGAAAUAACAAGUCACAAAAGCAUGAAAGCACCAGCAGCUACAACUACAGAGUGGUCAAAGAGAUUUUGAUUCGGCUCAGCAAACUCUGUGUUCAGGAGAGUGCCUCGGUGAGAAAGAGCAGGAAGCAGCAGCAGCGUCUGCUCCGGAACAUGGGUGCACACGCCGUGGUGCUGGAGCUGCUGCAGAUUCCCUAUGAGAAGGCCGAAGAUACCAAGAUGCAAGAGAUAAUGAGGCUGGCUCAUGAAUUUUUGCAGAAUUUCUGUGCAGGCAACCAGCAGAAUCAAGCUUUGCUACAUAAACACAUAAACCUGUUUCUCAACCCAGGGAUCCUGGAGGCAGUAACCAUGCAGCACAUCUUCAUGAACAAUUUCCAGCUUUGCAGUGAGAUCAACGAGAGAGUCGUUCAGCACUUCGUUCACUGCAUAGAGACUCACGGUCGGAACGUCCAGUAUAUAAAGUUCUUACAGACAAUUGUCAAGGCAGAAGGGAAAUUUAUUAAAAAAUGCCAAGACAUGGUUAUGGCUGAGCUGGUCAAUUCAGGAGAGGAUGUCCUCGUGUUCUACAACGACAGAGCCUCUUUCCAGACUCUGAUCCAGAUGAUGCGGUCAGAGCGGGAUCGGAUGGAUGAGAACAGCCCUCUCAUGUACCACAUCCACUUGGUCGAGCUUCUGGCUGUGUGCACGGAGGGUAAGAACGUCUACACAGAGAUCAAAUGCAACUCCCUGCUCCCGCUGGAUGACAUCGUUCGCGUGGUGACCCAUGAGGACUGCAUCCCUGAGGUUAAAAUUGCAUACAUUAACUUCCUGAAUCACUGCUAUGUGGACACAGAGGUGGAAAUGAAGGAGAUUUACACCAGCAAUCACAUGUGGAAACUGUUUGAGAAUUUCCUUGUAGACAUCUGCAGGGCCUGUAACAACACUAGUGACAGGAAACAUGCAGACUCCAUUUUGGAGAAGUACGUCACCGAAAUCGUCAUGAGUAUUGUUACUACUUUCUUCAGCUCUCCCUUCUCAGACCAGAGUACUACUUUGCAGACUCGCCAGCCUGUCUUUGUGCAACUGCUGCAAGGAGUGUUCAGAGUUUACCACUGCAACUGGUUAAUGCCAAGCCAAAAAGCCUCCGUGGAGAGCUGUAUUCGGGUGCUGUCUGAUGUAGCCAAGAGCCGGGCUAUUGCCAUUCCCGUGGACCUGGACAGCCAAGUCAACAACCUCUUUCUCAAGUCCCACAACAUUGUGCAGAAAACAGCCAUGAACUGGCGGCUCUCGGCCCGCAAUGCCGCACGCAGGGACUCUGUUCUGGCAGCUUCCAGAGACUACCGGAAUAUCAUUGAGAGAUUGCAGGACAUCGUCUCCGCGCUGGAGGACCGUCUCAGGCCCCUGGUGCAGGCAGAGUUAUCUGUGCUCGUGGAUGUUCUCCACAGACCCGAGCUGCUUUUCCCAGAGAACACAGAUGCCAGAAGGAAAUGUGAAAGUGGCGGUUUCAUUUGCAAGUUAAUAAAGCAUACAAAACAGCUGCUAGAAGAAAAUGAGGAGAAGCUCUGCAUUAAGGUCCUCCAGACCCUGAGGGAAAUGAUGACCAAAGAUAGAGGCUAUGGAGAAAAGCUAAUUUCCAUUGAUGAAUUGGAUAAUGCUGAGCUUCCUCCCGCUCCGGAUUCUGAGAACGCCACCGAGGAGCUUGAACCAAGUCCACCCCUGCGGCAGCUGGAAGACCAUAAAAGGGGUGAGGCGCUCAGGCAAAUUCUGGUCAACCGUUACUAUGGAAACAUCAGACCUUCGGGAAGAAGAGAGAGCCUUACCAGCUUUGGCAAUGGCCCACUGUCACCAGGAGGACCCAGCAAGCCCGGGGGAGGAGGGGGAGGUUCCGGAUCCAGCUCUAUGAGCAGGGGUGAGAUGAGUCUGGCCGAGGUUCAGUGUCACCUUGACAAGGAGGGGGCUUCCAAUCUAGUUAUCGACCUCAUCAUGAACGCAUCCAGUGACCGAGUGUUCCAUGAAAGCAUUCUCCUGGCCAUUGCCCUUCUGGAAGGAGGCAACACCACCAUCCAGCACUCCUUUUUCUGCCGUUUGACAGAAGAUAAGAAGUCAGAGAAAUUCUUUAAGGUGUUUUAUGACCGGAUGAAGGUGGCCCAGCAAGAAAUCAAAGCAACAGUGACAGUGAACACCAGUGACUUGGGAAAUAAAAAGAAAGACGACGAGGUAGACAGAGAUGCCCCAUCACGGAAAAAAGCUAAAGAGCCCACAACACAGAUAACAGAAGAGGUCCGGGAUCAGCUCCUGGAGGCCUCUGCUGCCACCAGGAAAGCCUUCACUACUUUCAGGAGGGAGGCUGAUCCCGACGACCACUACCAGCCUGGAGAGGGCACCCAGGCCACUGCCGACAAGACCAAGGAUGACCUGGAGAUGAGCGCAGUCAUCACCAUCAUGCAGCCCAUCCUCCGCUUCCUGCAACUCCUGUGCGAAAACCACAACCGAGACCUGCAGAACUUCCUCCGUUGCCAAAAUAACAAGACCAACUACAAUUUGGUAUGUGAGACGCUGCAGUUUCUAGACUGUAUUUGUGGAAGCACAACCGGAGGCCUUGGUCUUCUGGGCUUGUAUAUAAAUGAAAAGAACGUAGCACUUAUCAACCAAACCCUGGAAAGUCUGACCGAAUACUGUCAAGGACCUUGCCAUGAGAACCAGAACUGCAUAGCCACUCAUGAAUCCAAUGGCAUUGACAUCAUCACAGCCCUGAUCCUCAAUGAUAUCAAUCCUUUGGGAAAGAAGAGGAUGGACCUUGUGUUAGAACUGAAGAACAAUGCCUCGAAGUUACUCCUGGCCAUCAUGGAAAGCAGGCACGACAGUGAAAACGCAGAGAGGAUACUUUAUAACAUGAGGCCCAAGGAACUGGUGGAAGUGAUCAAGAAAGCCUACAUGCAAGGUGAAGUGGAAUUUGAGGAUGGAGAAAACGGUGAGGAUGGAGCGGCGUCCCCCAGGAACGUGGGGCACAACAUCUACAUAUUAGCUCAUCAGUUGGCUCGGCAUAACAAAGAACUUCAGAGCAUGCUGAAACCUGGUGGCCAAGUGGAUGGAGAUGAAGCUCUGGAGUUUUAUGCCAAGCACACGGCGCAGAUAGAGAUUGUCAGAUUAGACCGGACAAUGGAACAGAUAGUCUUUCCUGUGCCCAGCAUAUGUGAAUUCCUAACCAAGGAGUCGAAACUGCGAAUUUACUAUACUACAGAGAGAGACGAACAAGGCAGCAAAAUCAACGAUUUCUUUCUGCGGUCUGAAGACCUCUUCAAUGAAAUGAAUUGGCAGAAGAAACUGAGAGCCCAGCCCGUGUUGUACUGGUGUGCCCGCAACAUGUCUUUCUGGAGCAGCAUUUCGUUUAACCUGGCCGUCCUGAUGAACCUGCUCGUGGCAUUUUUCUACCCAUUUAAGGGAGUCCGAGGAGGAACCCUGGAGCCCCACUGGUCGGGCCUCCUGUGGACAGCCAUGCUCAUCUCUCUGGCCAUCGUCAUUGCCCUCCCAAAGCCCCAUGGCAUCCGGGCCUUAAUUGCCUCCACAAUUCUACGAUUGAUAUUUUCAGUCGGGUUACAACCCACCUUGUUUCUUCUGGGCGCUUUCAAUGUAUGCAAUAAAAUUAUCUUUCUAAUGAGCUUUGUGGGCAACUGUGGGACGUUCACAAGAGGCUACCGAGCCAUGGUUCUGGAUGUUGAGUUCCUCUAUCAUUUGUUGUAUCUGGUGAUCUGUGCCAUGGGGCUCUUUGUCCAUGAAUUCUUCUACAGUCUGCUGCUUUUUGAUUUAGUGUACAGAGAAGAGACUUUGCUUAAUGUCAUUAAAAGUGUCACUCGCAAUGGACGGUCCAUCAUCCUGACAGCAGUUCUGGCUCUGAUCCUUGUUUACCUGUUCUCAAUAGUGGGCUAUCUUUUCUUCAAGGAUGACUUUAUCUUGGAAGUAGAUAGGCUGCCCAAUGAAACAGCUGUUCCAGAAACCAGCGAGAGUUUGGCAAGCGAGUUCCUGUUCUCCGAUGUGUGUAGGGUGGAGAGUGGGGAGAACUGCUCCUCUCCUGCACCCAAAGAAGAGCUGGUCCCUGCAGAAGAAACGGAACAGGAUAAAGAGCACACAUGUGAGACGCUGCUGAUGUGCAUUGUCACUGUACUGAGUCACGGGCUGCGGAGCGGGGGUGGAGUAGGAGAUGUGCUCAGGAAGCCGUCCAAAGAGGAACCCCUGUUUGCUGCUAGAGUGAUUUAUGAUCUCUUGUUCUUCUUCAUGGUUAUCAUCAUUGUUCUUAACCUGAUUUUUGGGGUUAUCAUUGACACUUUUGCUGACCUGAGGAGUGAGAAGCAGAAGAAGGAAGAGAUCUUGAAGACCACGUGCUUUAUCUGUGGCUUGGAAAGAGACAAGUUUGACAACAAGACUGUUACCUUUGAAGAACACAUCAAGGAAGAACACAACAUGUGGCACUAUCUGUGCUUCAUCGUCCUGGUGAAAGUAAAGGACUCCACCGAAUAUACUGGGCCCGAGAGUUAUGUGGCAGAAAUGAUCAAGGAAAGAAACCUUGACUGGUUCCCCAGGAUGAGAGCCAUGUCAUUGGUCAGCAGUGAUUCUGAAGGAGAACAGAAUGAGCUGAGGAACCUGCAGGAGAAGCUGGAGUCCACCAUGAAACUUGUCACGAACCUUUCUGGCCAGCUGUCAGAAUUAAAGGAUCAGAUGACAGAACAAAGGAAGCAGAAACAAAGAAUUGGUCUUCUAGGACAUCCUCCUCACAUGAAUGUCAACCCACAACAACCAGCCUAAGCAAAUGAAAAAAAGGAAUUGUAUUUACCUUUUAUAAUUAUUAUUAGUGUGGGUAUGGCUAAUGAGUUCUGAUUCACCCACGAAGGUUACAUUUAUGCUGAAUACAUUUGUAAAUACUCAGUUUUAUACCGUAUGUAUAUGAUUGCUACUCUAAAGGUUUGGAUAUAUGUAUUGUAAUUAGAAUUGUUGGCAUGAUGACAUUUCAUUUGUGCCAAAAAUAUUAAAAAUGCCUUUUUUGGAAGGACUAAUAGAAAGCACCUGAUUUGCACUUGAACCAGAUUAUAGAUUUAAAAGUAUAUGACAUGUAUUUUGUAUUUAAAACUAGAAUAGCCAGUAUUUAUGUUUUUUAUAAAACUGUGCAAUACGAAUUAUGCAAUCACAAUAAAUUUGUAGCUCCCGAGUGUCCUAAAGGGAGUGCACAUCUUUGAAGCUGGUGUGUUAAUACUAUGUAAUAAAUGGUUAAUUAUCAAAUGAUGCUGCUGCCAAAAUUAUAUUAAUAGUGAGUUUCAGGCCCCUGGGCAUUUUGUACCAUGUAAUUAUCCUAUGGUGAUGCUGUUUCUCGUUGUUAGUGGCAGUAGUGCCUCCGUCUCCUAGUGAUAAUGCUCCAAGUCUAUGAACUGUUAAAUCAGCAUUCAUUUUAAGAAAAGCAACUUUAGUUUCAAAGAUACUUUUAAGCUUCUAAAUUGAUCAUUUAAACUAUUUCUUUAAAUAAGAGAGCCAAAUUAGAGGCUCAUACUUUAGCUUGUGAAGAAGAUAAUGAAUUUUUUAAAGGGAACUUUUUAUGCAAUGUUCAGGAUAAAUGCAUACUGCUGGCCAAUCAGUGUCAUCUCCUGGGUAAAUUUUGAUGUCACGUUGUAAAGAUAUGCAUAAUUGAUGGUUUCUAGAUUAUCUAGUCCAAACAAUAGUUUAUUUUUUUCUUCAUUUGAACCAACAUGCUACAGUAGCUAAGAAGUAUUAAAACUAUAUACAUCCAUAUAAAGAUGAAAUAUGAACUAUCUCAUUAGAAGUCAUAGUUGAACACAGACAUAUUAUUCUUCUGAAAGAGCCACCUUUUAUUUGUCACAUGAUUUCUUUUCUUGAUGGAUGAAAAGUAUGAAAGGAAACUUUUAUAUCUGUUGCCUAGUUUUGUACAUGGAUCUCAUUUUACAAGAGAAUCUCUCUGCAAAAAAAAAGUUUAAAAAUGCAUUGAAAGCAGAGUUCUGAAAUGAGUAAAGUUUGUAAAUGCAUAUAUAAAAAUAUUUAAUAAAUGAUGCAGAAUAUACA